UAGAAACAGUCUCUUAGCUCGCUUUCGCUCUCAAGCCAAUCUUUUCCCUCGCUCUGACUCCUCUUCGAUAAGCUUGACGAGCUUCCAACUGUUCUGUUCAAUGAAUCAACCCUAAGUAUUCAUCUCACUUUGCCUAGGAGGCAACACAAGCGGUUUAGGCGGAGGCUGUUAUCUCUUGAAUCCAACAACUGAAGAGAAAAGUUCAAGGGCAACCCACUGAUUACUACCACUUCUCCACUCACGAAGAGAUGGAUCUAGAUGAAUUUGUACAUGAAGAGAUGGGUUGAAUCCAAAAGCUAAAGAAAAGUUCAAGGGCAAGCCCACUGAUUCCUACCACUUCUCCACUCACGAAGAUAUGGAUGUAAAUGAAUUUGUACAUGUUUUGCACAUUCCGAUUUUGAAUUUGGGGUUCAGUUGAAGAUUCAAAGCUAGGUGGUUCAAAAAAACAUAAAAGAUCAUCCACAAUGAAAGGUUUAUUGGUCAGCCCAAAGUGAAAUCUGCUAUUGUUCCUAAUCAACAUCCUUGUCAUAAUUCUUCUUCGAUCUUCUUCUGUUAGUUCUAACAAACAAUGUCGCCGUCUAGCAGAUCAUCAGCAUCUGCAAGAUCCAUAGCACUGAGGAUUAAGAAUGCAGCAAUGAAAAGGUCAAGAUCAACAUCUGCCACACCAAUAAAUGAAAGUGUUUCAGAAGUAGCUACCUCCCCCAAGAAGUUUGUGACACCACCAAAAAAAGCUGCAACCCCAAAGAAGCCUAAAGCUACUAGAAAAGCUUCCUCCCCCAAGAAGCGUCAAACUACAUCAAGAAAAGUGAAGCUGAGCAAGACUUCUAAGUUCAAGAAAGUUGUGGCAUCAAGUAAGUCAUCGGAAAAGUCAAUUUUGACAAAGAGUAAGGCCACUGCUCAUGAUGAUGAUGAAAACAAAACCGGUGGAUUAAAGCUACUGAAGCGAGGGAUGGUAACUAUGAGCCGCAUCACAAAUAGACUUAUCCGAGGAAAGAAACUUACUGUCAAGUUCAAUGAUAAAGGGGAACCUGUUGGUAAGGUGGCAAAGGAAAUGCAGUCUUACAUAGGAGUGUUGGCUCGUACAAAGAUCCCAAUCUCAAUAUCAGAUUGGAGAGACGUCGAUCAAGACGAAAAGGAAAAAAUCUGGGAGUCCAUAACGGAUGCAUUUGUCAUACCUAAAGAAUGUUGGAAAAUGGUGAUCACAUCGGCUGCAAAUAAAUGGAGAGAGUUCAAGAGCAAGUUGACCAAGUUAUACAUUAUCCCUUACAUGAAUGAACCUGAUCUCUUGGAAUUUCCACCGGACGAUUACCGAAGCAUAACGAAAGACAAUUGGCAAACGUUUGUUGCUGACAGGCUUUCAGCUGGUUUUCUGGAAGUACGUGAGGCUCAAAUUAUGAAGCGAAAGGAGAAUAAAUACCCUCACCGUAUGGCACGUAAAGGGUAUGCAAAUUUGCAGGAAGAAUUGUCUGAAAGUGUGCCGUUAGAACAACUGGAUAGAGCUACAAUGUGGAUUAAGGCAAGGCAAGAUAGGAAUGGUCAGUUCAAACAAGCUGAGGUAGAGGAGACCGCAAAAAAAAUUGAAAACUUAAAGAAAAGGGAGGUUGAAGGGGAGAUCACCACAUGUGGGUCUGAUGAUGUGCUGACUAUUGCAUUGGGGAAUCCCGAGCAUCAUGGUCGGGUUAGAGGUGUCGGUGGGACUGUGAAGCCAUCUGCAUAUUUCAAUUUGCCAAAACGGCAGAGAAAGAGUGUGGAAGAGACUGUGAGGUUGUCACUGAAGAAAAUAUUUGAGGAGGAGAAGGAUAGUUUAAUUGCUAAGGAAAGAGCUUCAUGGGAGGAGGAGAGAGAUAAACAGUUGGCUGAGGAAAGAGCUUAUUGGGCUAAGCAGUUUGCCAGGCUAGAAGCAAAGAUUGAUGGGAAGGAGUUGCCUAUUGAUACACCCAAAGCUGCUACACCGGUCAAUGAACUUGGUUCAGGACAAGGGAGCUGUUCCCGACAUGGUGAAAAGGGUGUAAAUUGUAAUGGGGAAACUGAGAUAGUGAUGGUUGCAAAGAAGAAGUUGGUCUUAAGAGAUGAUGUGAACGUGGUAUCUAAAGAGGAACUUGUGCAUGCCACUAAUGGGAAGGCAAAACUAACUGGGGUAUUGGAAGAGGAGUUAAGACAUGUCUUUGCUGUUCCGAAGGCAAGAGUAAAUGAUGCAGAGCUUUCAUUAUGUGAAUGGUCAAAAGGUUUUGUUAGGCAGAAUGAGUGCAAACUAGCCAUUGAUUCGGUGGAAAACAUUGUAGCCAUUGGAACAAUCAUCAAUGUCGACAUUGAGACCAAGCAGCAAACUGUCCAUGGUGUUCCAUUGGGCGAGGAAAAUGUGCGCGUCACUAUCAUUCGUACAUUGGUUCAUGAAGCUUUGCUACCAUUUCCCAUAAAAGAUGAGAUAGUGACGGUUAAGGAUGCCAUUGGGACUUGUGUUGCUUGGCCGAAGAACCUUGUCAUUGCCCCUGCAGCAGAUGCCAAGAAAAGGUCAAAGCGUAAAAAUCAAAAGAGGACAACAAGAGAUAUGUGUGAAGAUAAUGAAGAUUUGCAAAACCUACCACCAAAUCUGCCAGUAGCUGUAACUGCCUUGUGCAUUUGGGCCAACACUGAUUUGCGGGAUGGAGUCACCAUCUACACCACUUUUGAUGCUGAAAUUUUUGGUCAUCCAAAGAAAGCUGUUGUCUUUAGAAGUGACAUCUAUGCCAUGGCACACAUGUUGGAAAUAGGAGGCGGCUGCAUUGUUUUUUACAUGAGCUACCUUUAUAAUGUUUUGAAGAGUUCCAAGAUGACUGACAUGGUAGCCUUUGUCGACCCUGAUCACACCGGUGCACUUGGCUGCGGAAAUCCAACUGAACGCGCUCGGUCUUUGUCUAAUCGGUUUGAAAAUGGGAAGCCUGGACAGAUUUAUUUGGUGCCAUAUAACUCAGGUUCUCAUUGGAUGUUGUCUGUUGUGAAUCCCGAUGAAGAGAUGAUUUACUUCAUGGAUCCGUUAAAGAGGCGCCUCAUAACUGGUGAAUGGAAAACAAUUUUGGAUAACUCCAUUAAAAUCUACAAUGUGCACAAGAAUAGGAAAGGGAGGAAAUUAAUCCAAUGGAAAAAUCUUGCUGGCAUUCUGGAGCAAAAUGGUGGCAAGAGUUGUGGUUAUUGGAUCAUGCGUUACAUGAAGGAGAUAGUGGAAGACACAAAUUUGGAGUUUGCUACUAAGUGGGAGAGAAGAACAAAUCUUGUUUACACAAAAAGAAUAUUGAUGAAGUUCGGGCUGAAUGGGCAAAACAUGUUAUAA